CGGGUUUAUCUCUGGUAGAUAAUCAUAAUUCCUGCUAAAAUAAGUUCUACAAUGAUUUUUUGGAGGCAUUUCCUUCGGAUUCAUUCCCAAACCAUAAAUUGAAGAAACUCAAAUCUAUUAUGAAGCAUAGGUUCUACAAAUUCUUUAUACGUUACAUCAUAUUUUGUAAUACUUUUCUCAGGACGGAAUGCAACUGUUGGAUAUAUUUAGGUAUGUCAGCAUCAUCAUACAAAAAUUUUAUGCCGUUUUAUGACAAAGGAAGAUCUCAAUCUUACGUAGAAAAUUCCGUGAAUUUCAAACUUCAGCAAGAUUUAAACGAUAAAAAUAAAAGAUAUGGUAGAGACGAUAAUGAAGAUCGAAAAUCGGAAGAUGGUAAGUAUAAUCCACAUAAAUUCGUUAAUUACGACCCUCCAUCUAAAUCCCAUAAAAUAUCUUUGCCUAUAAAAUUAAAGCGAGGUAGAAAGCCUUACCAAUUCCCACAACUAAUAAAUUCUCAUCCUAAAAAACAUCCAGACACCUAUCAUAAAAUUGAGGAACGCACUAACAAGCCCAUGACUUAUAAAAAAUUGAAAGUUAUUAGUAACAAGGAUAAAGCCGAUGAGAGUUAUACCGGUAACACAAAUAAAAUAGUUGAACCCUCGCAAGACGAAAUAGCUUGCAGACAAACUUUCCGAAAUCAAUUAGUGAACAGUCAAAUUGAGGUUUGCAAAAACCAUCCUGAAAGCUUAACAUGCGUCACUCAAGGAGCGCGGAUGGCCUUGACAGAAUGUCAGCAACAAUUUAGAAAUGAAAGAUGGAAUUGCAGCACCGCCGCUAUAGAAAAGAGGAUCGAGAGUGAUUUAGAGGAAAAGGAUGAAAAUUAUUUUGAUAAAAUCUAUCAAGCACCAGUAUUGGAAGGACGCAGAAAUGUACCUAGCAAAGGAGUCAAAAAAAGGAUCAGAAGAGUCGGUUUAAGGCAUCCUCAUUUUUACCUUCAAUCAGAACAGAAUGCCGUAUUUAAUGAUAACUAUCAGAAUAUUAAUUUCCCAUUAUAUGAUAACGAGGCCAAUAUAAAAAUUAUCAACAUUCUCAGUAAAACGUUGGAAAAGGGAACAAAAGAAUCUGCGUUCAUUUAUGCAGCAGCUUCCGCAGCCGUUGUGCACGCGGUAACUCAAUCCUGCUCCUCCGGUAAUUUAACGGAUUGUACAUGUAAAACCCUCUCUAAAAACGAAGAAAAUACCUUUGACUUAAGAGAUGAUGAUGAGCUCAUGGGAAAAUCUGAAUGGAAAUGGGGCGGGUGUAGUGAUAACAUUGACUACGGAAUACAAUUCUCGAAAGAAUUUGUAGACGCUCCAGAUCGGGAUCAAUUAAAAAUGCUUUUAAAAUAUUUUGGCCCUUCGGUGAUUGACUCCGAUAAAAGCAAAGCCAUUAAAUUUCAAAGCUUUAAAAAUUUGUCACAAUCGAUAUUAAUAAGCAAUUCAAAUGAUUAUAAAGUUUUUCGCAUUUCCAUCAAUGAAUCGACCCCAAUUUUUACAUUUCCAUACAAAAGACCGAACAAGCUUAUCGUAAGACAUAUGGUUAAUCUGCAUAAUAAUCAAAUGGGGAGAAAAGUUAUAAAAGAUAUGAUACGAAAACAAUGCAGAUGUCAUGGAGUAUCCGGUUCUUGCGAACUAAAGACUUGCUGGCUCAAUAUGUCACCAUUUUCUAUUAUCGGAGCCCAUAUUAAGAAUAAGUACAGAGAGUCAGUCAGAGUUGCCCCUAAAUUAAUGAUCACUAAUCGCAUAUCCCGAUCCUUAAAUUAUUUGUUACCAAUGAAUAAUGAAGAAAAUGUUAUUAUACCCAACGAAAUUGAUAUUGACUCAAAUAUUCUAUCACUGCGCAGAAAACCUAAAAGCGAAUGUGAGCUACCUAUCAAAGAAAACGAAUUGGUUCAUUUGGACAAAUCUCCAAACUAUUGUGAUCCGGACCCUCAUUCAGGCAUUUUUGGCACGAGAGGAAGAGAAUGUAAUUUAACCUCUACCGGAACUGACAAUUGUGAUAAUAUAUGUUGCGGUAGAGGCCACUUAGAAGAAAGCAUUAUUAAAUCGGAACGUUGUCAUUGUAAAUUCGUAUGGUGCUGUUACGUAAAAUGUCAAACGUGCACAUCCAUAGAAACUAGAUACAUUUGUAAAUAACAUUGUUACAAUAAUAAAAAAUAAUUAACCAACCUUGAUUAUAUGUAGCUGUAAAAAAAAUGAACUGAUUUUACAACUUGGGUUUCCUCAUGUUCCUUAUUUAUAUUAUAAUGUAAUAAUGCAAUAGUAUGUUGUAAAUUUGUAUAAUUUAUUGCUAAAGAAAUCUGAAAAGAGAGUAUUCUUCAAGAUAUCAAGAUAUGAUUAAAGUAUAGUGGGGAAAAAUAAUUAUAUACCAGCGCCACUCCCCCUACAAAAGAUAAAUUGGGUUUGAUUUAGAAAAAAAAAAUUAACCGAGUAUUGCAUAAGUGUUGUCUAACUAAUAACAUACUGCAAAAUUUAUAAAUUUAUCAUUAAUAUAUUUUAAGCCAUCUUUCCGUUAAAAAAUUACUAAUAUUUUUAAUGUUAAAAAAAUUAAUAUUGUUUUUAGUACUUUAAAAAUUUACUAUUAUUUUUCUUACGUUAAAAAAAAAUAUACAUGAGGGAAUCAUUUAAUAUUGCUUAAUAUUUAAAAUAAAUAAAAGGAAAAAAUCAGGUAAGGUAAGAUUAUGGUGUGUGAGCCAUAAUUACCAUUGGUUAUUUUUUAUUAUAUUUACUUGUCAUAGGAUUGGUUAAUUUUAUUUAUUAUUUUUUUUAAGUUGAAUGAUAUUUUUAUUAUUAAAAAACAUGGUUGUUAAUUUUUACACAUAUUAUUUUUUAAAUAUUUUUUUUGUUGAAUGAUAUUUUUAUUAUCGAAAAUUAUUGGUUGUUAAUUUAUACACAUAUUUUUUAAUCUAAUGUUAUAAAUAGCCAUUUU